AUGACCGUGGCAGCGGGUCUGGGGUACGCCCUCGUGGCGCUCGGCCCCGCCCUCUCUCUCUUUGUCGCUGUGAUCGCCAAGAAACCCUUCUUAAUCCUCACCGUGCUCUCCAGGUUCAGACCUUGCUCCUCGCGAAUUCCGUACUUGUUGUCUUUCUAGGGCUUUCUCUCGUGCCGUCUAAAUUCUCAGCGAUGAAUUGUCGGCAUUGGGAGCCGCUGUAUUUAUUCUACGCUUUCAAAAAAAAAAAAUCUAGAUCGCUGAUCGGGACGAAAAUAUUGACGAUUUCUGGAUGCUUGAUCGAUGCAGUACAUUAUUUUGGCUGAUGAGUUUGAUAGUCCUUUCGGGAGCGUGGAGAGUUUUUCUGCCUCUGCGAUCAACUGCGUGGUGGCCGUAUGGAAUUCUCUUACUCACGUCUGUGGCCCUGCAAGAAGGGAUGCGAAUCUUGUUUUGGAGCCUUUACAGGUAUGGUGUUUACCUAAAAAUGACCUUUCUGCUUCUUUUUAUUCAUCAUAUUUGUUCAUCAUUCCCUUCGAUUUGUCGUCCCUCACUCUUUAAACCGGAGAGCCCAUAUCACACUCUCUCCUACGACUCAUAAUCACGGUUGCCAUCCCUUCGUAUAUUGAACUCAGUGGACAUAACUACUCCACAGGAUACACUUUCGUGUCUCUAAUCUUGCCAACUAUUUUGUAGGAGGUUGGAAGAUAUGUUGAACGCUUUUGCGGAUAGAAUGUCAAGACCUCAUCUUUUUUUGACAGAUAAGAUGCAGAUCGCCCUUGGUGAGCCACUGAAAAUUGGUUUUUGUCCCUCUAUUGAUGUGAAUUUCGUUGGUAUAUUCCCAUCAAAUGCAUUUUCUUUUGUCUAUUCAUUUGUUCAUUUCGAUCAACUUGCCAUUUGAUGCCAUCAAAGGAAAUCCACGAUUAUAGCAAUGUGAAAUACUGAAGAUGGGUCCAUAAACUGGUACUUAAUUUACCUUUGUAAAUCUGAAUGUGUGAUUUACGCGAAUGCCCUAUUUAAAGAUAUGGCUUGAUGUUCAAGAUGUACCCUCAUAUUUUUCACAGGUUUUAAAACCAGAGCCGCAUUCUUAAGGGCAUAAUUUUGGGGAUUUAAUGUUAGAUCUUCUUUUUUUGGCCUAGAUUCUCAAUCCUCUGGGAGGUUUAAUGUUAAUGCAUGAAAUAAUGUUCACAUGGAGAUCAAAGAAAAUAAAGGAAAAUGCACCGUAUGGAAUCAAAAUCAGGAUGACGGAUGACUGAUUGAGCUUAAAAAUAGUGAUGGAUUGAAAUAGGAUCAUGUCCAUCUCCGUGCCAUUGCAUAUGAUGUCUUGUGAAUGCGUGCUUACUACUGAUUCUUAGGCAAAUAUCUACGGUCCCUAUGAGUUUGUCUCAAAUAGUAAAUAUAAUUCUUCGAACCUGGCGUACAGAUCACUGCAUGUGCUGUCCUUAGCCAUUUUAUUCCAGGUGGAUUCAUUUCCUCUCCUUCCUGUUCUUUGUAAUCACAUAGUUAUGUCAGACUUCCUCUUUAUGCUAAGAGUUGUCUGUCAGAAUAACUAGUUGGCUAGACUCGUCGUUGUUGAUGAUGGAUUUAAUGGCAAGUUCUAACCGUUUACAUCUCAGAAAGGAAUAUCUCUCGUAAUGCUGCUUGUUUCCAUGGAUGAAAUGAUGAGAAUCCUGAGGUCCUGGUAUAGGGUGAACUUAUCAGUGCCACUUGUAUUUUCCUUUUGGCUUGCAGCUGGUGGGUUAGGGCACGGUGUGGCGCAUUCUGUCUUUUUCUGUCUCAGCCUCUUGACCCCAGCAUUUGGUCCAGCAACAUAUUAUGCAGACAGGUGCUCACAUAUGCCAUUUUUCCUGGUCUCAGGUGAGGUUUCGACCGUCUUCACGGGCUCAUCGUACUCUCUAAUAAUUAUGAGUGAAAAAAGAGUCUGAAAUAAAAUUCCUGUUCAUUUCAAAUCAAAACUUCACUAUGGCCAACCAAGUAAGCUUAAAAUCAUCACAGCAUUUGAGAUUUUUAACUUUUCCUUCUAACUUAUGCUUGCCUUUGCUUCUGGUCAGAACACAUAAUUAUGGUGUCACGACCUUAAUUUAUUAUCAAUUAACUGGAUGAACUAAGUUAGAGACUCAAGCUCUGCUCAUCACUUUCGAAUUGUGGCGAAUGCACUCUGGUAGUCAUAUUUCUGAAAGUGGUAACUAUGAUCUGAUGUUGAUACCAUAAGUUGAAGGGCACCUUAUUGUGGUACAUCGCUGCUUUCAUUUGCGAAUUCCUGUGAUUGAAAGGGGCUUCAUCUGUUCAUUUAUUUACAUGGCGUAGUUUCGUUCUUCCUAGAUCAGCAUCACAUUGUUAUAGAUUGUUGCGGACAUAUUUCAGAUCUUAAUGGAAUUGAUGUUCUUGUUGCAGCCCUCAUUUCCCUUUGCUUUGCGUUGAUCCAUACCUUUUCUAUGGUCAUUGCUUUCAACGGGUAUGCAGAAGGGAGGAAAACGGACCAGGUGCUGGUCCCUUCUGUUCACUUGGUCGCCUCUAUGCUGGUGAGUAUAGGCACAAAAUGCGGAUAACAUACUGUCAUUUGUGAUCUUUCAUUAGACUCUCAUCACCCGACGACCUCAAAGUCCUCUAGAACGCAUUUUCCUAUAUAGAAUAGUGCAAAGAGGGCCUCUCAAUGUGGUUGGCAUGCUAAUCUGCGCUAUCUGCUUUGAGGAGGCCUUGGCACAGGGAUUUCUCUCACUCAUGGUAGAUAUCUCAUUGACACUGUAGUCCUUCAGUAGUGGUCUCUCUCUCUCUCUCUCUCUCUCUCUCUCUCGCGUGCACUGGCUCUCAGUGGGAAGUCUCGACUCUGCAUUUUAUUGCUCACUGGUGAAGAGUAUUUAAAGAUCGGAUUCUCUUUGGCUAGCAUGCUAGAAUAUCUUCAAAACUAGGGAGAAAGAAUUAGAUCUCCCAAAGGUCCUUCCCUCAUCAUAACUCUUUAUUAAUGGGUGAUCUUGCAAUGACUUUGACGAAAUCCUAAUCCCAUUGAAUGCAGACUCUGGUCAACCUCUCUGACGGGGGCUGCGUCGUUGGUCUCCCUCUUCUUUGGAUUGUGGUGGCUUUCACAUUGCAUUACUGCUGGCAGAUGGGCUUGAGAAGGCUGAGGGAGCACUGA